CAUACUCUGCUUCUGACAAAUAGCAGAAAGCAGCCCCGGAACAUUAUUUUAGAGUUUUGACGGUGACGAAUUUAUUGGGUUAUGUUCAUUUGAUCUGUCACAAUUUACAAUGUCGCAAAGACCUCACAUGGACCAUCAUAUAAAUAUUAAAGCAUUAAACUUUACUGCUGAAGAACUUGAGGCUCUUACACCGGAAGAAAGAUGGAGGAUUGAACAUGCAAAAGUAUAUGAGCAGCAUCGUGGGCAUGACUCCAUGCAUGCUGAAAUGGUUCUUAUUUUCAUCGUUGUUUUAAUAGCAGCUCAAAUCAUACUAGUUGAAUGGAAAAGAAGGCAUAACAAGUCAUAUCUGCUUGUCACUCUCCUAAUAAUGUGGCUAAUACCUAUGGGGCUAAGUAUGCACAACAAAUACUGGCGUUUUAUUUUUAUCUGGCUCCUUUUUUCCUGCAUCAGUGGACUAGUUAUGUCAAAGGCUGUUCAAAAACCAAUUCAGCAAAGUACACCAAGGCUAGUCUACAAAUGGUUUCUUUUUAUUUAUAAGUUAAGUUGUGCUGUGGGUCUAAUUGGAUAUGUUAUCAUGAUGAUGACAUUCCUCGGCGUAAACCUUUUGUUUGCGUCCAAACCACACAAAUGGAUGGAUGCCGCUAUUUUGCUUGUAUUUUAUAGUAUGUACUAUGGUGUGCUUGGCAGAGAUUUGUCUGAAAUCUGUGCAGAUAAAAUGGCAGCUCAUGUUGGUUACUAUACAGAAGAAGGUAUGCCUACGCGCCACUUAGAAACUGGAGUAUGUGCAGUCUGUGGCAAUAAGCUUCUUGUGUCUGAGAAUGAGGAAGGUGUGAUAGAAAAUACUUACAAGCUGUCUUGUCAACAUGUGUUUCACGAGUUUUGCAUACGUGGUUGGUGUAUUGUUGGGAAAAAGCAGACUUGUCCCUAUUGCAAAGAAAAAGUGGAUCUGAAGAAGAUGUUCUGCAAUCCGUGGGACCGCCCUCACAUUUUGUAUGGUCAUUUCUUAGAUUGGAUUCGCUGGCUAGCAGCAUGGCAACCAUUAAUAAUGUUCCUAGUCCAUGGUAUUAACUGGAUGCUCGGUCUAGAGUAACAGCUUUGUUCCCUUUAUAAAGUCAGCAAGUGCUAUCUACUUCUACCUACAAUAUUUUCUUUCUGGUUGGUAGUGCCAUCUGCACUUGUUUCCUUUCUUAUUGUUAUUAAUUUCUUUUGUUGAAUGGACUGUAAUUUAUUUUAUGUAAACUCGUAAGGUUCUUUUUACCCUUGAUCUGUAAAGUUAUAUGAAAUGUUCUUUAUGAGACAAUGUUUCAGUGUGUUGUGUGAUGUUACACAAUUUUUCAAACAUUAUUUUCUGUAAGUAGAUUUACAAACAUUUGUAAUUAGGUGUACUAUUAUUAUUAUUUGAUCUCUUGUAAUCAACUUCCUUUAGGAACAUUAUUCAUCUAAAUGUGAUUGGAGGUGUGAGGAUGUGAAUAACCUGCAAGACAAAUCAGAUUUUGAAAGGGGUGUUUGUCCUCUUGUCCUUUCAUGAUCUGUAAGCACUACAGAAUUGUUAUGAUUUUUUGUCUAAAGAUGGUUAUAUUUUUAAAAUGUAUUUCAUUUUGGCAAGUAAGUAAUUUUUUGCAUUGUUCUCUUCACAGUGAAGACAUUGUGUUUGUUAAAUUUUCACAAGUCAUUCUCUCUAUUUUAAAAAUGGUCGUGAGACAAAUUCUUAAAUGCUUUUAUUUUGAAUCCUAGUAAUUUCAUCAAAAGAUGUGGUCUUGCAUAAGUUCUUGAGCUUUAUCGAUUAGUCUUCUAUACGCAUGGAUUUCUUCAACUGCGUAGCCAGGAUUAUAUUUGUUUGUAACAGGGAAUUGGAGUAAAUUUAUUCAAAAAAUAUUUGGAUUACCCCAUGUUGUAGAAGAGGGGAUGGUGAUUAACGUAAAUACAUUCCAUGGUGUGAAAAUUCCACCUUUCAAAUAGUUGCAUAAUUUCUAUCUAUUAUUAUGAACCUUUGUCUGAUUAAAGCCUGUAUUAUUAAUUCAACAAUGAUAUCUGCUAGUCCUCAUACUGUUUGAGAUUAAGCUUAGCUGUUACAUGCAUCGCUGUAAGUGAAACAUUGUUUAUUUUUAUAUUCUUCAUGUUGAAGCACAGAUUACAGAUCAAUUGGAGUUCCUUUA